AUGUCAAGUAAGCUGAUCCAGGAUAUUCUACAAGUUACGGAUGAUCCCAACAAUGUUCCAACUAACUACACGCUUAUAGAAUCGGAAAACGGUCCUGUGACCGGCUUUGAAGCUUCCAAUAUUGAUUCGCUUUUGUUAACGCAACUAACAGAAAAUCUUACGAUAAAGGAGCCGUUUACGUAUCUAAAUGAGUGCUUCCAGCGGUGUCAACGGUUGAAGAGAAUAAACAAAGGUGACCAAUCCUUGGCACAGCUCUUUCAGGAGACUGAUAGAUUAGUAAUUGGCUACGGGUUGGUAGCAUUCCAAAUCCAGGAUUUUGCCGUCAAUGGUAGUGCCAAGCAAUACGUUGUCAACAUCAUUAACUCAAUCGACAACUACACUGAUUUCUUAUCUCAAAUCAUCCAGAGAGCCAUAAUUGAGGAAAGUAUCAUUGAUCUUUUGGACAAUGUGUUCCCAACCUUGGUUGACUACUUGAUAAAAGACUUACCGAAUUUUGAUUUGAAUGAUUCUCAAACAUAUAACAAUGUCUUAACUUUGUUUGAACUGUUUUUGAACUUCAAACCAGUGGCUGCGGUGUUUACAAAAGUUGAAGGAUUUCUACCCACUGGUGAUUGCAAAGGCAAUCUAUACGAAAAGGUGACUACUUUGGGGCCCAUUUUAACUCUCUCUCCAUUGUUGUUUAAUGUAGCUCUGAAAAAUUACGGGGAACUACUGGAAAGAACUAAACAGCAAACAACGAUUAUUCACGAAUCCCUACAAGCUGAGCACAGAGUUGUUAUUGAUAGACUGUUUUUCAUUUUGGACAGAAUUAUCAGAGGUUCACUAGAGUCCCGGACGGAUAUGAUCAGCUACCUGGCUCAGAUUGUAAACAAAAACCACCUUAGAAGAGCGGACCAUGCAGAACAGAAUAAGUUAGCGACCAAUGCAUUUAUGACGAACAUCACGCUCCUUCUCAUUAGAUUUUCACAGCCUUUCUUGGAUGUGUCGUACAGCAAAAUUGAUAAAAUAGACGUUAACUACUUCAACAAUAUUAGUGUCUUUAUUGAUCUUUCGAACGAGACAAGGUUGAACUCAGACUUCAAGGAAGCCGAUGAAUUUUACGACAAAAAUAAAAGCUCAAAAGAUUCGAGACCGAACUUUAUUUCAGACUGUUUCUUUCUUACUCUUGCAUACCUGCAUUAUGGUAUAGGCGGUACAUUACUUUAUGAUGAAAAACUGGGUCCACAAAUCAAGAGAAUCAAAUCAGAACUGGAAAAGGUUAAGGGAUUUGCCCAAUCUAAUUCAUUUAUGACCAAUUUUGUUAAUGUACAAUUGAAACAGUUGGAAAAAUCGUUAAAGUAUACUACCUCUAUAAGAGAUGCCAUGAAAGGUUUUUUCGCUCAUCGAUCCAUUCAGUUGGAAGUGUUUGAUUUCGUCUGUGGUGCCUCCACGUUCUUAAUGAGAGUGAUCGACCCUAAACACGAAUUCCCUUUCAAACCUAUUAGCUUACCCCUUAUUCCAGAUCAAGUUGGUGUUGAAAACGUCGAUAAUGCUGAUUACCUGAGAGCCCAUGCCCCAGUGCCUUUCAAGUACUACCCUGAAUUUGUGGUGGAAGGACCACUGAACUACGCACUAUAUAUAUCACAUUACGGCGGGUCCCCACUGUUCAGGAAUCCGCGACUACAUUCCUUUGUUGAAUUUGGUACUACAAUACUCCGUUGUCCAGAAUUGGUCUCCAAUCCCCAUCUCAAAGGUAAACUGGUGCAACUGCUUAGUGUUGGUGCCCUACCUCUGACCGACAACUCUCCAGGGUUUAUGGUACACAUCUUUGAGGAAAAUGAACUUGUUUCUAAACACUUACUAUAUGCUCUGCUUGAUUUUUAUGUUAUCGUGGAAAAGACAGGUUCCUCUUCCCAAUUUUAUGACAAGUUCAACAGCAGAUACAGCAUAUCGAUAAUCUUAGAAGCAUUGUAUACGGAUUCAUCCGUGUACAAGAGGCAAUUGAUUUGGCAGUCCCAAAAUAACCCUGAUUUCUUCAUCCGUUUCGUGGCUCGUAUGUUGAAUGAUUUGACAUUUUUGUUGGACGAAGGGUUGAGCAGUUUGUCAGACGUUCACAAUCUGAACAAUGAACUGAGAGAACGUGCCGCCGCUGCCCCUCUUCCAUCUACAGAUGCCAAUGAACCAGAUACAGCUGAAUUACAAUCGAGACUGUCCGCUGCUCAAAGACAGGCAAAAUCGUCUUGUGGAUUAGCCGCCAAGUCUGUCGAACUAUUUCAAAAUUUCACAAAGGAUAUACCAGGAGCAUUUGCAACACCAGAAUUAGUGGAUAGACUGGCAACGAUGUUGAAUUACAACUUGCAAUCCCUUGUGGGACCGAAGUGCGGCGAGUUGAAGGUUGAUAACCCAGCGCAGUACUCGUUCAACCCUAAGGAACUACUAAAGGCCUUGUGCACAGUUUACAUCAAUUUGAGUGUACAAGACGAGUUUCUGAGUGCUGUUGCAAGAGAUACCAGAUCAUUCAACGUGGAUCUCUUCAAGAAAGCCACUAUCAUCCUUGGUAUGAAAACAGGUCUCGUUACAGGCGAGUUUUGUGAUCAACUAGUUCAAUUUGCCCAAAAGGCUCAAGAGAAGAAGGACGAGGUGGCCGAGGAGGAUCUUGAAUAUGGCGAUGCUCCCGACGAGUUCCUGGACCCGCUAAUGUUUACAUUGAUGAAGGAUCCUGUAACGUUACCUGCCUCUAAGGUCAAUAUCGAUAGAAGCACGAUCAAGGCUCAUUUAUUGAGUGAUUCCACCGAUCCAUUCAACAGAAUGCCGUUGAAACUAGACGAUGUGAUACCAAACCCAGAACUAAAGGAAAAGAUUAUUGCGUUUAAGCAGCAAAAGAAACUAGAAAGACAACAGGAGCAGGCUCAGUAG